AUGGUAGCGACAUUGGUAGUGGUGGUGGUGGUGAUAGAGGUGGUAUUAGUGGUGGUGGUAGUUGUAUCAAUGUCGAUGUGUUGGUGUGAUGGUGGUGGCUUUGACAAUGGUGGUGGUUGUGGUGACAAUAGUGGUAAUUAUGAUGACAUUGAUGGUGGUUGUGGUGGCGAUGUCAGAGGUGGUAUUAUUGGUAGUGGUGGUGGUGGUAGUAACAGUGACAUUGAUGGCGGUGAUGGUGAUAGCAGUGUCGGUGACGACGAUGACUUGACGUUGGUGUUGGUGGUGACACCAAGUGGUGACAGUGGUUGUGACAACAUUGGUAAUAGUUGUGGUGACGAUGAUAAUGAUAAUGAAAGUGACACUAAUGGUAAUGGUAGCAAUGUUGGUAGUAAUGGUGAUGUUAGUGACAAUAAUAAUGGUAGUAGCAUUGUUUGUGGUCGUGGUGGUAGCAACCAAUUAUAG